AUGUCGGUGUGUCUGAGGACUGCACCAAUGACGGAGGAGGACCGGAGUCACAUGAACGAGAGGAUACUAAACCUCACCCUGGAGAUCAUCUACCUGCUGACCGGAGAGCGUUUUCCUCUUCUGAAGUCUGGUGAUCAUGUGACUAUCACAGUGCCCCCAUGUGACUCCCUAGAACCCGAGAGACCCAACAUGGAGAAGAUUCUAGAAGUCACCAAGAAGAUGAUGGAGCUGCUGACGGGAGAGAGUGGAAGUCUCGGGGAGAACACAGUUGUUGUUAAAGAAGAGUAUAAAGAAGAAGAUGAGGACUAUGGUGUCAUGGCGGAAUUUAUACAAGGACUCACUGAUCUCUCCAAGGACACUAUGAUGGAGUCUCCGAGUUGCAGGAACCCACCAGAGAGAUGUCCCCGCCCUCUGUAUUCCCGGGAUCCCACCCAGGAAGAUCACAACUACACACAAAGUUAUCAGGGUGAAGAUCUGAUGAAGAUGAAAGUUGAGGGUGAAGUAGAAGAGACGUAUGUGAGGGAUGAUCAGCGAUAUACGGAGGAGGCCGGGAUGAUGAGGACGUCCAUAGAGGAGGCCACGCCUACAGAGAUCAGCACAGGACACGCCAUGGAGGAACCCUCAAAGGAUCCUCUGACUUUAUCUCCAGGUUGUAAGAUGGAAGAUGAGGACAUCACAGCAGAUUGUGCGGGAGAAGAGACAAUGAGCUCAGCUAUGGAUGGUGGACCUCACAGUGUGGAUAGACCAUGGAAUCCCUCUGACUCUGAGCGACCUCGUCCUGUGGGGGAUGGUGCCGGAAUUCAGGAGGAGAAGACAUUUUCCUGUCCUGAGUGUGGGAAAUGUUUUAGCUCUGAAUUCAGUCUUUCUGAACAUGGGAAAUCUCACACAGGUGAGGAGCUGCAUUCUUGUUCUGAGUGCGGGAAACGGUUUCCUCUUAAAUCACAACUCAUCGUACAUUUCAGAUCUCACACGGGGGAGAAGCCGUAUGCCUGUCCCAAGUGCAAGAAACGUUUUCCACGAACAUCGGACCUUGUUAUCCAUCAGAAAUUGCACACGGGGAUGAAGCCUAAUGCCUGUCAUGAGUGUGGAAAAUGUUUUUUACGAAAACAAGACCUUCUUAGGCAUCAACGGUCUCACACAGGGGAAAGGCCAUAUUGUUGCUCUGAGUGCGGGAAAUGUUACACACGCAAAGCAGACCUUGCUAUACAUCAGAGAUGUCACACGGGGGAGAGGCCGUAUUCCUGCCUUGAUUGUGGAAAAAGUUUUUUACAAGUGGGCUAUCUUUACAGGCAUCAGAUGUCUCACAGGGGGGAGAAGCCGUAUUCUUGUCCUGACUGUGAAAAAUGUUUUUCACAUAAGUCCAGUCUUAAAGUACAUCAAAAAUCUCACAAAGGGAAGGAGCCAUAUUCCUGCCCUGAGUGCGGGAAACGUUUUGCAUGGAACGCAGACCUUGUUGUACACCAAAGAUCUCACACAGGGGAGAAGCCGUAUUCCUGUCUCGAGUGCGGGAAAUCUUUCUCACAGCGGGGCCAUCUUUCCACUCAUCAGAGGAUUCACACCGGGGAGAAGCCGUAUUCCUGUCCUGAGUGCGGGAAAUGUUUUUCAAAGAAGUCAUCUUUAAAAGCACAUCAUCAGAGAACUCACACAACCCCCCCUGGUGUAUUAGUAUCCUGA